CGCGCGAUCGGUCGCACGCUCGCGAGGUACGUGCAUGGUGCAGGCUCGUGAGACAUAGACGCACACACGUGGUGAGAGGAAAAAGGAGAGAAGAUCCCUCCGGACUCGUUCCACGCUUUCUCUCUCUCUCUCUCUCUUUCUCUCUCUUUUUUUCUCUCGCGAUCGAUGUUAUCUCGCGACGAGGAUUCUUCUUGCGCGCGAGAAAGUGGCCGGCACCUCGAGAUCGAAAUCGAACCCGCGGAAAAGCGCGAGUGCAGUUUUCUUGGCGGUAUCGAUUGGUACCCAUAGCUUCGAUUCGGCGAUUAUUAUGCUCGUUGAUCUGUGAGAUCUCGAACGCAAAGAAGAGACCGCGGGAAAAGGCGGAAGAGACUGCACGGAAGAGUUCAUUGGGCAAAGGAUUGAAGAAAGGGGGGUCACCGGAGAAAGAUGGGGCGAUUACUCAUAUGGAUGCACUUCUCACUGUUAAUCGUGCUAUUAGCAUCGGUGCAGAAAACUACAGCAUGCAGCUGUGCGCAGGCCCAUCCUCAAACCAAGUUUUGUGAAUCAGAUUUUGUCGUCGUAGUGAGGGUGAAAAAGAUUCUCCCCAUCAACGACUAUGAGAUCGCUUACAAGGUCAAGAUAAACAGGGUGUUCAAGUCAAACCCAAAGGCCGACAUGGCACUGAUACAGAACCUUUUACGGACACCAUCCACGGACUCGAUGUGCGGAGUGACACUGACCGUCGGCGACACGUACGUUCUAAACGGGAGAAUCGUCUCGGGAAAAGCACUCAUAUCGAACUGCGGGCUCUCGAUAAGAUGGGCCGACACGACUACUAGACAACGCAAGGGAUUGAGACAGCUCUAUCAACAGGGUUGCGUGUGUGAUAUUCUGUACACACAUUGGAGGCGCAAGGGUGCUGUGCUAGAGUCCAGCGGCGGAAAGAAUUGUCUGUGGGAAAGUACGCCAGGCCCCCAGGAUUGCCAAGAAAAAUACGGCGUGUGCAUGGCGUCAUUCAGCGGCUGCUCCUGGAUUCCCUCAGUCCCGUACAAAAAUUGUAUUAAGGAGUAUCAGCGUAAACGCGAGCAGCAAAGGUCGCGAGAACCUUAAUCGUAUCGUGUUCUGUUCGUGUCUUUGGGCGAUGGGAAGCGACAGAAUUUAUCGUUCAUAAAAUGAUGCGACAUGUCUGUCAGACAAUUUGAUGACGGACGCGCCGCGUAAUCAAAUGAGAAACGAUGAAAUAUAGCGAUGUGGUAUGGCGGUAGUUUAAUGGAAAGCUGCAAGUUCGUAGCGCGUAUAAAUGCAAGAGACCUGAACUUCUGCUAUGUAUUACAUGGAAUAAGUAACAUGAUAGUUUAUUAAUGAGUUACCGCAUACGUAGAUGCGUGAGGCAAAAGAGAAUCCCCGUACUUUAAUAAUAAAUAGUUUCAUUAAUCGUUAAAAGCAAUAACAUUCUGCUUUGUAAAUUGCCUUUAUAUUUUUAGUAGUGUUUUCGAAUAAAAUCGGAUUUAUCUAAAAAUGGCAAUACGUUAGAUCUUUGAAACUGAAAAGUAGACAGGUGAGCUUUACUUGUGAGAGGUACAACUGUAUGUUCGUUAACGAUUAUUACUUUUCGAGCUAAUUUUUAUACAGAUUUCGAUGAACAGAAAUAAUUGUAUGUUGAGGAAAUUGUAUUAAGAAACCGAUACUAUGCAAUUUUAAGAAUCACUAUCGUCUGUUAAAUUAUUCGUGACUUAGAUUCGAUAGUAACAGUAUUGGCUAAUUUUAUCCUAUAAGUUUACAAUGGCAGUUUAACUCGUUUAACACAUUGUGGCUAUAUUACAAAUAGAAGAAGUAUUAGUUAAUUAUUGAUAGAUCUAACCGACGUGUGGUGCAAUCGACCCUUAAUUAUUCGAUUAUUAUUAACGAGGGGUAAGUUUGCAUCGCUUAGAUAUUUUGAACGCGUGGAUAUAUUAUAUGGAUUUCAUCGCUGAAAUAUAUAUGAGCGAUUACUUUCACGAUAUUAUUCUUUCGCUCUUAACGAGUUGUAUAUAUAUUAUGUAUUGUUUAUGUAUAUUAUGUAUCAUUAAAUUAUUCCAAUUAUCGUUGUAUGUAGUCUUAGACGUCGUUAAAAAUUCACUCGUACUUUAUUACACUUCGUAAUAUAUUAUGCGUAUUUUAGAUUUAAAUUAAAUCAUAGUCUAUGUAUACAUUUGUCAUUAUUAUUCAUAAUUCAGAAAUUAUUUAAUCUGAUGAAAAUAUUGAAUAUGUGAAUCUAUAAUCUUAUAAAUAUAUAUAGCAGGUUUUGAUGUUGCGUUGAAAAAAUACAUUUAUUGUUUUUACUCUACUAAUAAUAUAUUGUUCUAUAUAUCUAUAGAUAUAUAGUUCCAUUAACGUUAAGUGAAAGCAAUUUAUGUAGAUCGAAAUUCAAAACAUAAAAUAGAAUGCUAAAAAUUUAUAUGUAUGUGCACUUUCGAAUGAAAAAAUAUCUAUUUUUUACGUAUAAACAUUUUAUUUAGCUCUUAAUUGUGGUACUUUUGUAAGUGUUAUGUGACAUGUAGAAUAAAAAUAAAUGAAAACAGUUGUUCUUAUAA